UGCCAGACCUCGAUCACCAUGUCAACAUGCCGCGAGCCCAUCGCCAUCAUCGGCACGGGAUGUAGGUUCCCGGGCCAGUGCGACAACCCCUCCAAGCUAUGGGACCUGCUGCAAAAGCCCAGGGACCUGCUGAGGGAGAUCCCAAAAGACAGGUUCAGCUCGGAAGCGUUCUACCACCCUCAGAACCACCACCACGGCACGACCAAUGUCCAACAUUCCUAUUUCCUGGAGGAGGACCUGCGCGAUUUCGACGCCCAGUUCUUCGGCAUCAACCCCGUCGAGGCCCAGUCCGUCGAUCCCCAGCAGCGGCUGCUCCUCGAGACCGUGUACGAGAGUCUCGAAGCCGCUGGCCUUUCCGUCAAGGAGCUGCAGGGCUCCGACACGGCCGUCUACGUGGGCGUCAUGAGCGCAGAUUUCACCGACAUGAUUGGACGCGACCCCGAGACCUUUCCGACGUAUUUCGCCACGGGGACGGCGAGGAGCAUUCUCAGUAACAGGCUGUCUUAUUUCUUUGACUGGAGGGGUCCUUCCAUGACCAUAGAUACGGCUUGUUCUUCGUCCCUCAUUGGUAUGUAUAUGAGAGAGAAAAAGGAUCUUUUCUCAAGACUAUUCCCAGCAUUUGCUAUGCACCAGGCGGUGCAGACGAUACGUGGGGGAGAGUCAUCCAUCGCGGUUGUGGCCGGGUCCAACCUGAUCCUGGGCGCAGAGCAAUACGUCGCCGAGAGCAAGCUGCAGAUGCUUUCGCCUACCGGCCGAAGCCGCAUGUGGGAUGCCGAAGCAGACGGCUACGCCAGGGGCGAAGGGGUCGCGGCCAUCGUUCUCAAAAAGCUCAGCCAGGCCAUCGCAGACGGCGACCACGUCGAGUGCGUGAUUCGGGAGACGGGCGCCAACCAGGACGGCAGGACGCCCGGCAUCACCAUGCCAAGUGCCAGUGCCCAGGAGGCGUUGAUCCGCGCAACAUACAAAAAAGCCGGACUGGACAUCAGCAAGCGCUCCGACCGCCCGCAGUAUUUCGAGGCACACGGCACAGGCACGCCUGCUGGCGAUCCCAUCGAGGCAAAGGCCGUCAGCAACGCCUUCUUUGGGCCGGGCUCCCACUUCAAACCCACGCGUCCUGACGACACCUUGUUCGUCGGGUCCAUCAAGACCGUCAUAGGCCACACGGAAGGAACGGCAGGCCUGGCCGCCGUGAUCAAAGCGUCGCUGGCACUGCAGGCCGGGGUGGUGCCUCCCAACAUGCUGCUCAGCAGGCUGAACCCCAAGAUCGAGCCGUUUUACGGAAACCUGCAGAUCCUGUCGGCGCCGCGGAAGUGGCCCGAGAUCGCCGACGGUGGCGUGCGGAGGGUGAGCGUGAAUAGCUUUGGGUUUGGAGGCGUUAACUGCCACGCCAUUCUCGAGAGCUUCGAGCCCGCGUCUACCACCCUCGGCCUGCAGACGCGCAACAGCAUCGCGGAAUGCUUCACGCCGUUCCUGUUCUCGGCAGCCUCUGAGAAUGUGCUCGCGUCUCAGCUGGAGAGAUAUCGAGACUACGUCGCCGGUGGGAAUGCGAGCGGGCCGGAGAGGCUAGACCUGCAGCGUUUAUCGCUGACGCUCAGCAAUCGCCGAUCUGCGCUGCCUUGGCGGGCGGUAGUGCCGGCCUGCAGAAGUGUCGAGGACCUGGUUGACAAGCUCGACAGCUGCACCGACUUCACGAGCGAGUCGUCCGGCUCAGGCUCUGCAAACUCUCGGGGCGCAAGACCUCGCAUUCUCGGCAUCUUCACCGGCCAGGGGGCUCAAUGGCCGCGCAUGGGCGCCGAGCUGAUCGAGAGGUCGCCUGCCGCCGCCGGGAUACUGGCUCGUCUAGACGCGAGUCUCCAGUCACUUCCUUUCCGGGAUCGUCCCGCAUGGUCGCUGCGUGAGCAGAUCCUAGCAGGCCCCGACUCGUCCUCGGUCGGCAUGGCCUCCAUAUCGCAGCCCGUCUGCACCGCCGUGCAGGUCAUGUUGGUGGAUAUGUUGAGGGCGGCUGGGAUUGAGUUCUCCGGGGUAGUGGGCCAUUCGUCGGGCGAGAUGAGCGCGGCGUACGCGGCGGGCUAUCUCUCUUCCGAAGACGCCAUCCGGAUAGCGUACUACCGCGGCUUCCACAUGAAGUCCAUCACUCGAAAAGGCGCCAUGCUUGCAGUGGGGACCUCAUACGACGACGCCAAAGAGCUGUGUGACCUCCCGACUUUUGAGGGCCGCGUCUGCGUCGCCGCGAGUAAUUCACCCUCCAGCGUCACCUUGUCCGGCGACGCCGACGCCAUCGACGAGAUAAAGACGGUGCUGGACGAGGAGAAAAAGUUCACUCGCCUCCUCAAGGUCGACAGGGCCUACCACUCGCACCACAUGAGGGCCAGCUCGGCGGCCUACACUGCGUCCCUGCAGCAGUGCGGCAUCCGCCAGCUCUCGCGCACCGCCGCCUCCAGACGUUGCCGAUGGGUGUCUAGCGUCUUUGAACGCGAUGUUGCGGAUUUCGCCGCAGACGGCAGCCUUCAAGCAAAGUACUGGGCUAGCAACCUGACGAUGCCCGUCAUGUUCACCGAGGCGUUGCAGAAGCUCCUCGGCGACGGCCGGGACGGGGAAGGCUACGACCUGGCCGUCGAGGUUGGGCCGCACCCGGCGCUCAAGGGGCCUGCGUUACAAACUGUGGACGAGCGCCUCGGCGGACAGUCCAUGGCGUACACGGGCGUGUUGUCUCGGGGCAAGGACGAUGUGGAGUCGUUCUCGCAAGCGCUGGGGUAUAUAUGGCGCACCUUGGGUGAAGGAGUGGUGCACUUUUCAGCCUACAGCCGGUUCAUGAAGGACGAACCAGAGCAAGGAGAAGUGAAAAUCACGCCCCUCAAAGGCCUGCCCAGUUACCCGUGGGAUCACAACCGCAAGUUCUGGCACGAGUCGCGCCUGUCCCGCGCCUUCAGGUUCAACAAGGACCCGCCCAACGAGCUCCUCGGACGCCAGGUCCUCGACGGCGCUCCCGAUCAGCUCCGCUGGCGCAACGUCCUCAAGCGCAGCGAGAUGGACUGGCUCGAUGGCCACCAGGUCCAGCGCCAGACGGUUUUCCCAUUCAUGGGAUACGUGUCUGCCUGUGUGGAAGCCUGCAUCAAGAUCCGUGCCGAUGCUCACGUUCGAUCUAUCGAGCUCCAGAACUUUGUGGUCGGUCAGGCCAUCGCAUUCAACGACGACGACUCGGGGAUCGAGACCUUGGUCGUUCUGGACAGCAUCAAGCAAUCAAAAGAAAAAGGCACCAGCACAGCGUCUGCCAGGUUUGCCUUUCAUUCGUCAUCCAACAAUGAGAGCGUGGAAAUGACAACUCACGCCGGCUGCGACGUCCUUGUCGCGUAUGGUGAUGACGCCAGCGGUGUUCUCCCGCCCAAGGCCCAAGUCGACGACAAGUACUUUAUGCUGGACGUCGAUUCGGAUCGGUUCUACGCCGUUCUCGAAGACAUCGGACUCGGGUACUCCGGGCCCUUCCGAGCGCUCUGUGGGCUCAAGCGAAAGUUGGGCAAGGCCACGGGCCGCAUAAAGAACCCGGCAAGCAGCAACCUUUGGAGAAACCCCCUUCUCCUCCACCCGGGAAUGCUGGAUGCGGGCAUUCAGUCCAUCAUGCUGGCGUACUGCUAUCCGGGAGAUACAAUGAUGCGCUCGAUACAUCUUCCAACCGGCAUCCGGCGACUGGUUAUCGACCCAGAGCACUGUCGAGCCUUUGCGGGCAAGGAGACGGAAGUAUUGUUCGACUCCACGGCGUCGGUAGACGCUUCUAGAGGUUUAUCUGGAGACGUGAGCAUAUAUUCGCCGGAAGGGUUCGCUUGCAAGGCAAUCCAGGUUGAAGGUCUCCAGACGCAGCCCCUUUUCAACCCGACCGAGGCGAACGAUUUGAACAUUUUCACGGAGCUGGUAUGGGAUGUCGAUCGACCUGACGCCAAUGAAAUUGUUGGCAAGAUUGACGUGCAGCAGCUCGAUGCGGAUCUGCUCUUCUCCCUUGAGAGGGUGGCAUACUUUUAUCUUGGAACCUUGGACAAGGCCAUCCCUCGCAGUGAACGUACAAACCUCGAGUGGCACUACGGUCGCCUUUUCGCUUACGUGGAUCACGUCCUCUCCCGAGUGGAGAGCGGGACGAACCGGUUCGCCAGAAAAGAGUGGCAGCGCGACACCAAAGACAUGAUACUCGACAUCUUCAACAGAUACCCCGAUAACAUUGACCUGAGGCUUAUGCGGGCGGUGGGCGAAAACAUAGCCGCCGUCGUCCGUGGCGACAUCACCAUGCUGGAACCGAUGCUGCAGGACAACAUGCUCAACGACUUUUACGUCGUCGCGCACGGCAUGCCUCGCUACACUGCAUAUUUGGCCUCGUUGGCCAGUCAGAUUGGACAUCGGUACCCUCACAUGCACGUCUUAGAAAUUGGUGCCGGCACCGGUGGCGCCACAAAGUCGUUCCUCGGGGCGCUGGGCGACAAAUUCUCGACUUACACCUUCACUGACAUUUCCGGCGGCUUUUUCGAAAAGGCUAGAUCGGUGUUUGCAUCGCACAGCUCCAGCAUGAAUUUCAAAGUGCUUGAUAUUGAAAAGGAUAUUGAAGCGCAGGGAUUCGCGGACGGAUCCUUCGAUGUUAUUAUCGCAUCCCUGGUCCUCCAUGCAACGCGCGAUCUGGGUCAAACGCUCCGCAACGUCCGCCGUCUCCUAAAGCCAGGUGGCUAUCUGCUGCUUCUCGAGAUUACUGAAAACGACCAAAUGAGGUUUGGUCUACUGUUUGGUGGUCUGCAAGGCUGGUGGCUGGGCUACGACGACGGGCGAGCCCUGUCCCCUUGCAUCGGCAUCGAGGAGUGGUCAACCUACCUGAAGCAGACUGGCUUCUCGGGAAUCGACACGGCGAUGCCUCACGAUGAGACCCUCCCCGUUCCUCUGUCCGUCAUUGUAUCCCAGGCGGUCGAUGAAAGGAUCGACCUGCUGAAACAGCCUCUACACUUACAGCGACGCCAGGCUUCGACACCCAUCGUACCGCAGCUGACAAUCAUCGGCGGUGGGGCGUUGGCAAGGGAUGUCCAUCAUCUCCUGGGCCUUUUUUGUGGCAGCAUCAACUUGAUCGAAUCCUUGACCCACACGGCUCGCGAACAUCUUCCAGUUGGCGGUGCUGUACUCUGCCUGAGCGACGUCGAGGAGCCGAUUUUCAAGUCGAUGGACGCGGACAAAUUACGCGGUUUCCAGACAAUCUUCAAACAGUCCAGCAGCGUUCUCUGGGUCACCCAGGGGGUUCGCGACGGAGACCCUUACUCCCGCAUGGUGAUAGGGUUCGGCCGCACCAUCGUACUCGAGAUGUUGCAUCUUCGGCUGCAAUUUGUCGAUCUCGACGCCGGGGCACCACCUGACCCUACUGCAAUCUCCGAGUUUUUGAUACGCUUGCAUCUGACGGAGAACUGGAAGAACGACGGCACCAAGAGCGCGCCUCUGCUACACUCGGUCGAGCCUGAAUUAUACCUCGAUAAAGACGGUCGGGUAUUUAUUCCUCGCUUCAAAUUGAACAAGAGACAGAACGAUCGGUACAACUCGGCCCGUCGCGAGAUCAUCAAGCACGUCGCAUUCCGACAACAACCCGUCGAACUUGCCCCGCCAAAGUCGCCAGACGCGCCAUGGUACCUGACAGAGGGCAGACCCAUGCCUGAAUUGAACGCAGCCAUAGACAUAGAUGUCUUGUACUCUAUGAGUCUGGCGGUGGAGGUUUCGAGAGGAACCUUUCUGCACCCCGUGCUAGGAACAAGACGAGACACGGCAGAGACCGUACUGGCGCUUUCGCCCAAGCAGGCUUCGAUAAUCAGAGUUCCUCAGGCCUUCGUCAUCCCCGCCCAGGGCUCGGCAGAGUAUCUACAUUUACAGCUGUUUUACACUGAACUCCUUGCCCGCGCCGUCCUCAGAGACGUCUCGGCCGGGACAAUUGUCAUUGUGCUACGGCCGAACCGCAUGCUCAGCUACGCAGUAGAUCGUCUCGCCAUAGACAAGGGAGCCAAAGUCUUCCAUCUCUCUGAUGAGCCUGGCACAGAGUGGGAUUAUCUUCACCACAAAUCCACAAGAGCUGCGGUGCAGAGCUGGAUAACCUCCAAGAUCGGGACCGAACCCCCAUCGGCUGUGUUGCUGUUGGACUUUGGCGUGGACGAGUUCCUCUCUGCGAACAUUCUGGAAUGCUUACCGGCAGAGGUUACUCGGGUCAAGGUCGGCGCUCAGUUCACUUCACCCAGGGCACGCACAGCAUUGGGACACUCGCAGCAGAAAAUCAGGUCUAUUCUCGCCAACAUCAAGUACUCCCUAUUGCCAGCCCAGCAGACGUACAACUCGAGCGACGUGCACCAGAACCUGAAGGUAUUCACACUGGAGCACUUGACAACCAACAAUAUCGGCACUGGCAGCGAUGCCUAUGUGGUGUCUUGGCCGACUGAAACCAGCACAGUUCCAGUCCAAGUCGAACCUGUCAGUUCCAAGGUUACGUUCAGGACUGACAGGACUUACUGGCUUGUCGGGCUUUCCGGCAGCCUAGGCCUGUCCCUCUGCGAAUGGAUGACCCAGCAGGGAGCUCGUUACAUAGUCAUCACCAGCCGAAACCCCAAGGUGGACGAGAGGUGGAUGAACAAGAUGAAGAGCUUAGGGGUUAAAGUUGAAGUCAUGGCCAACAAUAUCUGCGACCGAGAGUCCGUCCGAUCUGUCCACAGCCACAUGUGCCAAAACAUGCCUCCCAUCGCAGGAGUCGCCCAAGGAGCCAUGGUCCUUCACGACACUGCCUUUUCCGAACUUGAUCUGGAGCGCGUUGACAAGGUCACGCAGCCCAAAGUCAAGGGAAGCAUUUAUUUGGAAGAGAUAUUCCACGAUGCCCCGCUCGACUUUUUUGUCUUUUUCUCAUCCAUGGCCUGCGUGACUGGAAACCCCGGGCAGUCCGCCUACGCCGCCGCCAACAUGUUCAUGUCGGGCUUGGCGGUCCAGCGCAGGCGGAGGGGCCUCAACGCCUCCGUGGUGCACAUUGGCGCCAUCUUUGGUAACGGCUACGUCACUAGAGAGCUGACCCUGGCGCAGCAGGAGUUCCUGCGUAAGGUCGGUAACAUGUGGCUUUCGGAACAAGACUUUAGACAGCUCUUUGCGGAGGCGGUUCUGGCGGGUCGGCCGGACGACGCGGCGUCUCCGGAGCUCUCGACCGGCAUGAUGACGAUAGACAACAGCGACGAAUCCAGGAAGAACAUCACUUGGUUUGAUAACCCAAUGUUCCAGCACUGCAUCAAGCAAAGUCACGAUGGCGAGCUGGGUGGCCAGGCCGCAAAGGGUCGAACCUUGCCGGUCAAGACGCAACUCUUGGAGGCCAUCAACCCGGCUGAAGUGCACGAGAUUAUCCACGAUGCUUUUGCUGCCAAGCUACGGUCCAGUCUCCAACUCGAAGACGACCGGCCUAUUGUCGAUCAGACGGCCGACACACUCGGCAUCGACUCCCUCUUCGCCGUCGACAUCAGGUCGUGGUUCAUCAAAGAACUCCAACUUGAGAUCCCCGUCCUCAAGAUCCUGGGCGGGGCAACAGUAGCCGAGAUCCUCGAGACUGCGCAACAGUUGCUGCCCAACGAGUUGACCCCGAAGCUGGAUCCCAAUGACAAGAGCGCCGCGAGGAAGCAGAAGCCGCAAACCGCCAGCACCCCAGCCAAGGAUGACACUACCAAAGGGACUCCUGCAAAAGUUCCCGCGGCUGUCGGAAAGGCCAGCGACCGCAGAGUUGUUGCCGCAAAGGUGGAAUCUGUCAAGGACAAACCAGAAACCGCCGCGCCUCCCUCGGUGCAGUGGAAGGUCCCUGCUGAACACAGCACACCUGCUGUCGGCGACGUGGAUGAUAAAUCACUGUCCAGUGAGGAUGCGGUCAACAUCACGCCUUCCAGCCUCGGCACGGCCUUCACCCACAAAUCCGUCGCUUCUUCGAGUACAGGGUCCGAGAUUGACGCAUCCGGGGGCCCAUCGCAUGGCUCAGUGUGGUCUCUCGACACGACGAACAGCGAGGUUGCCGUCGCCAAGAAAGUCCCAAUCACAUUCGCCCAGUCGCGAAUCUGGUUUUUGGAAAAGUACCUGGAGGACGCUGCUUCGGCUCUCAACAUCACCCUGACCAUUGAACUCGACGGCCCUCUGGACGUUGAUCGGUUCGAAAAGGCCGUCAAGCUUAUCGGUCAGCGGCACGAGGCGUUGAGGACGCGGUUCGUAUCUGGAGAUGGUUCCGACCAGCCCAUGCAGGAAGUCCUUGUCAACUCGACGCUGAGCCUGGAAAAACAAGCCAUGGCCGACGACGCCGAGGCGGAAAGCGUCUACCGCGAGCUGAAGCAGCAUAAAUACAAGCUGGAGGAGGGCGUCAACAUGCGGAUCGUCCUUCUCAAAAAGUCACGCGAAUCGUUCCGCCUCGUCAUUGGGUAUCAUCACAUCAACAUGGACGGCGUCAGUCUGGAAAUAAUCCUGCGCGAACUGCAAAUGGCGUACGACUCAAAGAGGCUUCCGAGCCCCGGCAGCAUUCUCCAGUAUCCGGAUUUCGCCAAGCAGCAGCACCGAGAAUUCGAGUCGGGAGAAUGGCGAGACUCGAUUGCGUUUUGGAGGAACGAGUUUUGCGACCGCCCGCCCUCCGUCCUCCCGCUCUUGCCCCUGGCCAAGACGCGAUCUCGCACCGCCCUCACGUCCUACUCGAGCCACGCAGCCGAGUUCCGUCUGGAGCAGGCGACGCUCGCCCGCAUCCAGUCGGCGUGCGCAGCGUCAAAGGCCACGCCGUUCCAGUUCCACCUCGCCGUCUUUUAUGUUUUGCUGUCCCGAAUGGUGGACGCCGAGGACAUUUGCAUCGGCAUCAGCUCGGCAAACAGGCAGGAUGCCGCCAUGAUGCAGAGCGUCGGCAUGUACCUGAACCUCUUGCCCGUCGUGCUCAGGUCCCAGCCGAACGAGACCUUUGCCAGCGUCCUCGGGCGGGUGCGGACCAAGGUCAUGGCCGCGUUUGCUCACUCCAGGGUGCCGUUUGAUGUCAUCGUCAACGAGCUGGGCGUCCCGCGCGCCACCACCCACAGCCCCCUGUUCCAGGUUUUGGUCAACUACCGACCGGGGGCAGCAGAGAGGAGAGACUUUUGCGGCUGCCGCAGCGAGGUGAAGUCGUUUGAGCAGGGCCAGGCUGCGUACGACCUCAGCUUGGACAUCAUCGAGAACCCCGGGGGAGAGUGCAGGGUCAUGAUGGCUGGCCAGUCGACGCUUUUCGAGCCAGAGGAUUUGGGGCUUUUGCGAGACAUGUACCAGCGAUUACUGCUCGGGUUCUCCCGCAACCAAGCUCUAAGACUGAUGACUCCCUCGCUUUAUGACCCAGAAACCGUCAAGGAUGCGCUGAGAAUUGGGCGAGGUCCUUCGUAUAUCCACCAGUGGCCAGAGACCUUGAUCCACCGAAUCGAUGAGAUGAUGGAGCAAAGGGGCGACAGCCUGGCUGUUGCAGACGGCUCCAGCAGGUCUCUGACCUACUCGCAGCUGUCGAGAAGAGCAAACUCCAUUGCUGCCUCGCUGCGAGGCAUCGGACGCGGAAGCAGAAUAGGCGUGCACCUCGAUCCUGGCGCAGAUUGGAUCUGUUCACUCUUGGCCAUUCUGCGCCGAGACGCAGUAUAUGUUCCUCUCGAUGCCGUGUCCGGGUACGCCCGGCUGUCUGCUAUUCUGCAAGACAGCAAGCCAGACUUGGUGCUCGUCGACGACUCGACCGAGAAACAAGCAAAACUUCACUUCUCACCUCUCCUGCCGGCAGAUCGGCUUGUCAACAUCGACAGCGUCCCAACUGCUACGGCCGCCACCUUGACCAACAUGGCAAAAGGAGGCUCGGUCGCUGCUCUCAUGUACACCAGUGGCUCUACGGGAGUCCCGAAAGGAAUCUUGAUGAAGCAUGAGUCUUUCCGCAACAAUAUCGAAAUCAUGUCCGAAAGGCUGGGAUACAACCAUGGUCACACCGUCACCCUGCAGCAAAGCUCAUACAGUUUCGACAUGUCUCUAUGCCAGAUCUUCCUGGCGCUUUCAACCGGCGGGGCACUUCAGGUUGUGCCAAAGCAUCUCCGAGCAGACCCCGUGGCCAUCUCUUCCAUCAUUGCCAACCACGCUAUUACCAACACUACGGCGACUCCCUCGGAGCUCAUCAGCUGGGUUCGCUACGGGAACGUCGAGGAGCUGGUCAAAUCCACUUGGAAGACUGUACAAAGCGGCGGCGAGCCCAUCCGGGAUGGUCUCAAAGCCGCCUUCCGCACAGUCGACAAGCCAGGACUGCGUCUGGUGGACUGCUACGGUCCAACGGAGAUCACCUUCUGCUCCCACAUCCGCGACGUCGACUGCUGGGCCGAGGAGACCAGCCAAAACAUGGGACUUGAGGUGCUGCCCAACUACUCCACCUACAUUGUGGACUCCUCCAGCAUGAAGGCCGUCCCGGCCGGGAUGCCAGGGGAGGUGCUGAUAGGAGGAGCCGGCGUCGUAGCCGGAUAUCUGCACAGCGAGCUGAACACCCGAGGUUUUGCACACGACAGCUUCGCCUCGGCCGAGUUCCACAAGCAAGGCUGGACGCAGCUGCAUCGGACCGGCGACUCGGGGCGCAUCAGUCAGCUCAACGGGCGCCUGCUGCUCGAGGGCCGCAUCAAGGACGACACGCAGGUGAAGCUGCGAGGUCUGCGGAUAGACCUGCAGGAGAUCGAGGCUGCCGUGGUCCACGCCGCCAAGGGAGCCAUCGUCGAUUGUGUCGUCGGCGUCGCGCAGUCGGCGGCCACCACCACCUCGGACGAGUACCUCGUUGCUUUUGCCACGGCCGGUCCGACCGCCGCCAAGGAUCGUCUCGACCACGUCAUCCACCAGCUUCCCCUGCCUCAAUACAUGAAGCCUGCCGCGCUCGUCGUGCUGGAAAAGAUGCCCACCAAUGUUUCGGGCAAGCUUGACCGGUCCGCUCUCAAGUCGAUCCCACUGCCCCAGGCGACCGAAACAGGCGACAGAGAGCUUCAGCCUCCCGUCGGCGAGAGCCUCAGUGGCACCGAGUCGCGCUUGAAGCAGCUGUGGGAGAGCAUCCUGCCCAGAGAGGUCUCGUCUCAGCACCAGAUCACAGCCGCGUCUGAUUUCUUCCACGUCGGCGGCAGCUCCAUGUUGCUCAUCGGCCUGCGAGCCAACAUCCAGAAUACCUUCAAAGUCGCGGUUUCGCUCUUUCAGCUCUUUGACGCCAGCACGCUCGGCGGCAUGGCAGCCCUGAUCCAGGAGCUUUCGAGCGGCGGCGGUUCGGAUCUGGGUCCGGGGCAGUCCGGCGGCACGGUGGACGUGGACGUGGACUGGGAAGACGAAACCGCCGUCUCGCCGGCGUUGCGGACGGUUCCGGUCAAGAAGGACUUCUUCACGAACCCAGAGGUCGUGGUGCUGACCGGGUCGACCGGCUUCCUCGGCCAGGCGAUCCUCGCGCGCCUGCUGAGCGACGGCAUCGUCAAGAAGAUCCACUGCCUUGCCGUCCGGCACGACGUCCCGCUGUUCAGCUCCGCCAAGGUCGUCACGCACCGCGGGGACCUGGCGCUGCCGGGCUUCGGGCUGCCCGAGGAGGAGCUCGCGGGCAUAUUCGCCGAGGCGCACGCCGUCAUCCACAACGGCGCCGACGUGUCCUUUGCCAAGUCGUAUCGCAGCCUCAAGCCGGCCAACUUGGAAGCGACCAAGGAGCUGGUCCGCCUGAGCCUGCCGCGGCAGACGUCGUUCCACUACGUCUCGACCGCCGCCGUCGCGACCCUGACCGGCCACGACGGCUGGGAGCAGAGGUCCGUGGGCGGGUUCCCGCCGCCGGCCGGGACCGACGGCUACCUGGCGACCAAGUGGGCUUCGGAGCGCCACCUCGAAAAGGUCAGCGACCGGUGCGAGCUCCCCAUCUGGAUCCACCGCCCGUCGUCCAUCACGGGGCCCGGGGCGCCCGCCAACGACCUCGUGGCCAACCUCGUCGGCUUCUCGCGGACCAUGGCCGCGACGCCCGACACGAGCGCCUGGACCGGGUGCCUCGACUUCAUCUCGGUCGACAGGGCCGCCCUGCUGAUCCUCGACGAGGUCUACGAGGACUACUCGUGGCCCGGCCACGUCAAGUACCUGUACGAGUCGGGCGAGCGCGUCGUGGCCCUCCCGGACAUGAGAAACCUGCUCGAGAGGGAGAUCGGCUCCGCUGUCGACGUCGUGCCCAUGGACGAAUGGGUCCGCAGGGCCGUGAAACAAGGUCUAAGCCCCUUGCUGGGAGAAUAUUUGAAGCGUGCGGCUGAUGCUCCGCUUGUCUUUCCUAAACUGAUCCGACACGAGAGUUUUUUCUAA